AUGGACGCCUCCUCAGCUCCCCUCGCCGACUACUUCUGGAUCGCCGGCAUAGAAGACAUAUCCUACCACGACAAUGACCCCGAUCCACGACCUCUGAGCUCCCUGCAGCUCAACGACACCAUCAGAGAGGAUGCUGAGAACGAGGCUUCCGAUACACUUUCCCAGACCCCCACCAAGGAGACUGCCCGCCAUUCUCGACGGAGUUCAAUCAACCGAAUAUCCAGGAUCCCUUCCAACGAGAACAACCGCUUUUCUAUACAGACGCUGGGGGAAGAAAAUGAGGGCACCAGGAGUAAUAGAAGCAGCGCCACCAUAAGGGCAGUGCCGCCUAUUAACGGUGGCAGUGGCACCGACGAAAGCCCCUUCAGUCCCAUAGAGCCCACCCCUGGCGAGGGCUCGUCCGCGACCAAUGGUGGUGGACAAGGCGUGGGUUUCACUGGUCUGCCAGAUUUCGACUUCGACAAGGCUCUUAUGAAGUUCGCCGCAGAGCGCGAGAUCUUUUUGGAUGACCUGAGUUUCACCGCUGGGGCCAAGCUUCAAGCGCGGCCCCCAAUGGUGAACAACCCGCGCGCGGAGAGAAUCAAGGCCGAGGAGGGCGAGCUCAGCGGGAGGAUGAGUCCCUUGAAGAGCAUCAAAGGUAGCAUCCGACGCAAGAUCAGUUUUAGGGACAUGAACAGCGUCAAGAGGCAGACUGCCCCUCCUCGAGCACGACCAGCCUCCGUCCGGACCACGAAGCGGUUGAGCAAUUAUAAUUCAGUCAUUCCGCCCCCAGAACCUCUAAAUAUGGACCCGGACAUGCACCCUCUGAAGCGACGUUUUGAGCCCAAAUUAUUGGACAGAUAUCCCAAAGACUCACCAGAUGAAAAGACUCGAAGGGGCAAAUUCCCGGACUACGUGCCCAUGUUCGCCUUUCCUAACGAUAUUCAAGUUGUCUCAUCCGACGAGCGCCCGCGUGCCACGUGGCACGGCUUCACCAUGACCUCUGACGACAACUCGAAGCUCUACGGCAUCACCGUGAUAGUGUGGACCGCGUUGACUGCUGAUGUCGCUGAUCAAGUUGAGAAGAAGUGCGAAUCGUGGAGGCAGAAACACAUGUCAGACGAGGAGAGAGAACUGGCCGCUAGUUUGGGAGCCCGCCUCGCGGCCGAGCGUGCGCAUCUCUCGCAGCUUCUCGCAAAACUCCCCACCAUCCCGUCUGGUUCUCCCGCUAGGGACCUUCUCGACGAUCAGAUCAGCACCGUGGAGGAGAAGAUCAGCCUCAUGACCGAGAUGUUGCGACCGCUCAGGCAUGGUGCUGCGUCCAAAAUCGAUGGCCUCACGGCAGGGGACACCGGAUUGUGGACACCUCGGGCUUAUGGCAUCUUGGGACGGGAUGUGACCAAGAUAACGUUUUGGAAGGAUUGGCUCCGGUCCAUCAUCGUGCCCAUGACCGACGGUGCGGUAUUGAGGGUGCCGCCGAGCUCGCCCAAGGUCGGACGGUGGCAGCCGCUUGAACACUACGUCGUCAACCUCUGCAUCGAAGCAGUCAGCCCCAUCAGCUCCAAGACCCAGGUCGAGCUUGGCGUCAGAGAGCUUCGUCUUUACUGCCGUAAGGAGGCAGUCAACGAGCUACCCGGCUCACGCAACAUCGACAUCUACGCCCUUUUCAGAUGCCUGUCUCUUGAGAACAUCGUGGCUUUGUUCGAGUAUGCCAUGUCCGAAUCGCGGAUCAUUUUUAUAUCAUCUUACACGGCGAUGCUGCACCUUGCAUGCCAUGCUCUUGUCAACUUGCUGUACCCCCUGAAAUGGGCUAGCGUUUUCAUCCCGGUGUUACCGGCAAGACUGCUCUCCGCGCUCGAUGCCCCGUGCCCGUACAUCGUGGGUAUUGAGAGACGGUACGACAAUAUCGAACUCCCGGAGGACGACUACGUUCUUGUGGAUCUGGACAGAGACACCAUCGACGCCACGUCGCAGCCCCAUCGCCUACCCCGGCAGCAUCGCAGAAAGCUUUUCUCCCUUUUGCAAAUCGCCGCGCCACACAAGUUGCGCUACGGCGUUACUACUGGUGCCCCCCCUUACGCCAUCGAGGCUUUCCCCUAUGAUGCUUAUUCGGCAGAGAACGACGGCGUCUUCAACGCCAGACCUGCGCCUGCCACACUGGGCAAAUGGGUGUCCCAGAACUCCUCUACAUUCGGCGAACCAGAACAGCCCAACAGCAUCCGAAAACCAAUUUUCAAUGCCUUUUGUCACGCCAAGCCUGACCACUCGAGGUCUGACAGGCCGGCGACAGCACGAUCCGGAAAGACGAGCCCCAACUCUUCUGUCUCGCCAGUCUCCAUGACUUUCCCACCGAUGCCGACCACGCCAGUGUCACGGACUGACUCAGGGUUUGCGGCGUCGAACACUCUGAAGGAGAAGCGUUCUGGCCAUUUCGAUACCAAAUCGCGACGUAGUUCGUCCUUUGGUGUGGAACAGCACCCUCCACUUCACAGGCCCAGCAUUCCGGUCCUCAAUGGCCACUCACAAAACCUGUCCGUGUCAUCCACUUCUGGGGACUCUCAGUCGUCAUACCACACUGGUUAUGCACCGUCCUCGUAUGCACAAUCGACAAUCGCGGCCUCGACUGUGAUGCCCAAUAUGCUUGUUCAACCCGUUGAAAAUACGGACACGACGGUAUGGGUAGAAGGACACUGUAUGGAAUGGAACGUUGCAGAGCGGGAUUCAGUUUGCGACAUCUGCGACGAGCGAUCCGAGGGCGAUGGACUAUUCAAAUGCAAGGGUUGUGGCUGUCUCGCUCACAAUCGCUGUUUGGGCUUCGUCUGCCUUGUCUGCCCUGUCGCCUUUCACGCAGACCGUGUUCGCGCCGCCUUUGUUCGCUGCCUUGCUAGCCUGCUGUAUACCUAUAGGAAGUACAUGAGCCGACCGAACAAGCAGCAGAAGGAAGGUGGUCAGCUUUACGCCUUUGACAUGAGUGGCUUUAUUAGGAGCUUGCCGUAUGACCAACAGGAGUACGCGACGAUGAUGAAAGAUACGCAAGCUUUCAAUGAGUUCAUCCAUGAGCGAGAGCGGCAACCCGCGAGCCACCCUGACAACCGACUCUUCGAUGAGAUUUUGAUUGCCAAGAAGGCUCGCGGGCGGCCGAUGUUAUCAGCUGGCCUAUCACGACUUUCGACCCUCAGAGCGAGCCACGGUGCUUCUGGUGGCUUACCGCCCCCGCGACAACCCAAGCUCACAGGGUUCAUGGCUGACACAUCGGACCACAUAUGGAGGACUGCAGCUGUCCCUGUUCCCAACUCGAAAUUUCAGGGCGACUACCGUUCAAUCAUAACCAGGAUCCCUGAUAAGCUUGACCCAUCUCUCAUCAAGGAGCCGCGGUCCAUCGCCGGUGCACCGAAGCCUGAGCCGCGGGGCAAGGGGUUUUUAAGGAAGGCGAUUGGGAGCAGCAACAAGGGCUGA